CCUCUCCUCCUCCCGCUCCUCCUCCCGCGACGCCCCGACCUAGCCUUUUCUCGCUUGGCCGUGCAGAUCAUAGGCGCACGCACCCCGCCAAACGCUCGCCAAACUCACCGCGCCUACAUCCCGGCGACCUCUGAAACAUCGCGUGCGCGACUGGAAUAGCAACAAGCGACCGACACGCGCGCGCAGUGAGCAGCAAGGAUGGAGGCGAUCGUCCCGCCCGAGGUCACCGCCGAGCUGACCCAGAUCCUCUCCAACCUCGUCCUCGGGGACAACCAGAUCCGCUCAAGCGCAGAAAAGAUCGUCGAUGACCGACUCUCGCAGACUCCGGAACUUUACAUCCUCGCUCUCGCGCAGUUCUCAACACAGGCGGACACGGAAGUGAUGCGCUCCUUCUCUCUCGUCCUCCUCCGCCGCCUCCUCUUCCGCUCGACAUCACAGACGCGCCUCUCCCUCUACGACCACCUCUCCUCCCAGUCCGUCGCCACCCUCGAGCGCAUCCUCCUCUACUCCCUCCUCCACGAGCCCGACCCUGUCGUCCGCCGCAAGGCCGUCGACACCGUCGCCGACCUCGCCAACCAGGCCAUGGCCCGCGGCCGCCCGUGGCAUGCCCUCCAGGCUCAGGCCUUCCGCAUGGCCGAGGGCGGCGACACCAUCACGCGCGAGGCGGCUUUCAGAGUCUUCUCAGGUAGCGUUAACCUGGUCAUCGACCUGCAAACGGAAGUAGUGGUAAGCAUGCUCCAGAAGGGCCUGCAGGACCCCGAGAGCGUCGAGGUCCGCCUCGCCGCCCUGCGCGCGUCCGUCGUCUUCCUCGCCGCGUGCGACAAGGCACAGCAGGCGCACGCCCUCGCGCUCCUCUACCCGAUGCUCAACACCCUCCCCGCGCUCCCGCACAAGCACCUCCCCGCCUUCCUCGCGACUCUCACGCCCCUCGCCUCGAGCGUCCCCGCCCUCUUCGAGCCCCACCUCCGCGACCUCCUCUCCUUCCUCCCCCCGCUCAUCGUCCCCGCCGUCGACGCCGGCCCCACACCCACUGUGGCACGCCCAAACCCCGGCACGGGCAGCAGCUUCGUCUUCCCGCCACCGACCGAGAACGGCGGCCCGAGCGGGAAGGGGAAGGCACCCGAGGAAAGAGACGUGGACGAGGAGGCGGAGGAGGUGCGGAAGGCGGCGCUGGAGUUCAUGAUCAGCCUGAGCGAGGCGCGGCCGGUCAUGGUGAAGCGCGUGGAUGGCUGGACGGCAGUCGGCGUGCGGGGGUGCCUGGAGGGCAUGGGCGAGAUCCCGGAGGACGAGAUGGACGUGUGGCUCGACGCAGACCCUGGCGAUGACCCGACGGAGGACACGUACCCGCACGUGUACGAGCAGUCCGUCGACCGCCUCGCGUGUGCGCUCGGGGGAAAGGCGGUGCUCCAGCCUGCGUUCCAGUACAUACCUGCGAUGCUGGCAAGCCAUGAUUGGAAGCUGAGGCACGCGGGCUUGAUGGCCAUCGCGGCAAUUGCGGAGGGCACGAGCAAAGUCAUGCAGGAGGAGCUUGGAAAGGUCGUCGAUCUCGUCACUCCAAUGUUCGCGGAUCCUCACCCAAGGGUAAGGUAUGCGGCUUGUCAAUGCAUCGGUCAAUUGUGCACUGAUCUCGAGGAAGUUAUCCAGGACCAGUACCAUCAACAGAUAUUCAACGCUCUGAUACCUACACUCGAGGCCCCCGAGGCUCGUGUGCAUGCGCAUGCCGCGGCCGCCCUGAUCAACUUCUGCGAAGGCGUCGAACGCGACACGCUCAUUCCAUACCUCGAUCCAAUUGUCGAACGGCUCCUCAAACUCCUGAACCCAGCGUCUGGGGGGCCCAAGCGAUAUGUACAGGAGCAGGUCAUUACGACCCUUGCAAUGGUCGCAGACGCGAGUGAGGCGACGUUUGCGAAGCAUUAUUCGGCAAUCAUGCCGCUGCUCCUGAAUAUCCUCCAGAAUGCCAGCGGCCCGGACUACAGAAAGUUGCGAGCGAAGGCCAUGGAAUGUGCGGGCCUCAUCGCCAUUGCGGUGGGACGAGACAUUUUCAGACCCGACGCGAACACGUUUGUCGAGUUGCUCAUGCGGAUCCAGAACAGUCCUCCGGACCUGCAGGACACAAUGCUCACGCACUACCUCAUCGCGACGUGGGCAAAAGUCUGCCAGGCUUUGGGCGAAGAGUUCGAACCGUAUCUUCCCGUCGUUAUGCCGCCUCUCCUUGCUGCCGCAGGUACAAAGACCGAGGUCUCCGUAUACGAGGACGCAAGCGAUGAGCCGGAAGACAAGGAGGGAUGGGAGAUGCUCAACAUGGACGGGCAACAGAUUGGCAUCCGCACCAGCGCGCUCGAGGAGAAAUGUCAAGCCUUCGAGACGUUGCUUAUAUACUCUUCUACUCUGGGUCCGCGGUUCGUGAGCUACCUCGCGCAAACGCUGGAACUCGUUUUGCCAAACCUGAGAUUCUUCUUCCAUGAAGGUGUCAGGGAGGCGUGUGCGCUGCUCGUCCCGGUACUCAUCUCGUGUGGGAAGAACAGUGGAACGCUGACGAGCCAGAUCGUCUCAGGGACGUUGAAUCAACUGAUUCACUGCAUCGCCAACGAGCCUGACGCAUCAUUCCUCGCCUCUUUAUACCGCGCGUUCUCCGAUUCGAUGCGUCUCCUCGGCGGACCGUCCUCCCUCCCGCCGGAACUGCACGAUGGCGUGGUGGAAGCGACAAAACGGCAGCUCCAGAGCCUUGCCGACAAACGGAAGGCCCGCGCUGCUCGCCCUGCGAAUCAGAUCGAGGAGGAGCGAGAGGACCUGACGCUGAUCGAGGAGAUGGAGGAGUUUGCGCUAGAGGACAUGCACAAGCUCCUGGUGACUUUCGACCCAAAUCAUCCGCUGCUUGUGGCGAUAUCGAGCGUGAGGGACCUCGGCCUUCAUCUCACGCAGGCCGAUGUUGAAGACGAAGAGUGGGCGGAAAGCUGAAGGUGCUGCGUAUAUAAGUGUAUUGCUAUCUUGCUGUCGAAUCUCUGUUGCUAAAUUCGUAUCAUGCCGUAGAAGUCAUAAUGUAUGUACUCGAAUACAGAUGGAGGUCAAUUGGAAUGGUGAUGGUGUGUGUGCAAACUUCCACCGUGACGACCAUGAGGCACGCGGUGUUCUGGACCCUACCAAUACUGGGAUACGGCCUUACUCCCUUCAAUCCC